UAUUUUUGUCUACAGAAUGAAAUCCCCAUAUCUGCAGAACUAGGUCCUGGAGCUGCCUUACCACAUGCGUUUUAGAGGGAGGGAGGAAAAUAUGGCUAUUCUUUUGUAUCUUGACCCAGAAAAAAAUGAGCCUGUUGCCUACAAAAGGCUCUGCGGUUCCUGAACUGUGUAACCCCAGAGGCUAUUUACUGAUCAAAAGGAAAGUGCCCACUCCCUAAUGGCUGUCUAUCCAUCUUAUAUGGCCCCCAUUACCAUAGUAUGUGAGCAUCCCCCAGUCUUUAAUGUAUUUAGCCUUGCAAUAGGUCUGCAAGGUUGGGAAUUGCUAUUAUCCCCAUUUUACUGAUGAAACACUAAGGCACUGAGAUACAAGUGACUUUCUGACCAUCAGAUAGGGAGUCUGGUGGAGAAGGGACUUGAACUCAGGUUUCUUAAAUCCUAGGCUAGGGCCCUAACCACUGGACCAGCCUUCCUCACUGUGAAGCUGAGACUUCCUGAAUGACUCAGGAAUGCCCCUUAAUCUUCCCCUCCACUCCCUUCCCCUUCCCCUUCCCUCCCCUCUCCCAAACAGUAGUUGUUCUCCUGUGAAGAUUCAUUCAAUCAGAGAAGAAUUUUCGAAGUUAGACUAGUGUAAAAAUAUUUAGCUCUUGCUGACUGAGAGGACCACAUCAGAGGUCAAAGAGAAGGAAGGAGUCACAUGGCCUGACAAUAACCCCACACUUCCUCUCCAAUGAACCUUGGUGAAAAGGCAAUGGCCUGGGCCCCAGUCCACACCAGCUCCUCCUGGAAAUUCAUGGAGAGAUCUUGGUACUGGUUGCACUAGUAGAACCUAAACAGAAUGGAAUGGAGAGCUGUGGGGCAUGGGACCUGCCUUUUAUGAGUUUGUCUCUCAGGGUUGCUCUGCAAGUCCUCAUGGCUGAGCUUUAUUUUUUAGGGGGAGCAAGAAGAAGAGGCGGUAUGUGGAUUUUUGUGUCUGGCUGACCUUUUCCCAUGGGGAGAUUCAAAAUGAAUCACCCACUAAUAUAAUACUGAAGCAAUAAAGACUUCGGGUAAAGAAGAUUUCUCACCCACAAUCAAGGAAUCAGAUUCAUCAUGACUUAUCACUAUAAUGAAGCUUUUGAAAACCCAGACUAUCACUACUCAGAGACAUUGGAGAUUGACAGAAGCAGAGAAAGGAAUUCAUCCUUUCACCAAAACCUUCCUGAGUCCUCCCUGGAUGAAGACUCGUUGUAUGAUUCCUAUGAAGGUCGCAGUGGAAGAGGACAAAGAAACCAGGAUUAUCCCAUGGCUAUACCAAUGGCCUCGAUGCAGCCUGGCUUCCGAUACAGCCACAGCGCAUCGAGGUCGGCUGGGCCCAACACAAAUCCAUAUGGAAAUCCAUAUACUAAUCCUUCCUUUGAGUAUGAGCCAGAAUUAGCAUACACAUCUCCCUCCACCUUUCAUGCCGUGGAUGGUCCUUACGUACGCAGAUCUUCUGAUGUGUCUGAUGGAGGUAGCUUCAGUCAGAGAUAUAACAGAAGACAAGCUGACCUGGUCUACAGGAUGCCUUCCAGCCUUCUCAGACUAGACUCAAAUGCAGAAACGUAUAACGAAGACAAAUAUAAACAAGAAGAAAAGUUGAUCAAAAAUCUUGCAAGCAUGUCCAGCAGAGAGAGAGUUAAAGCAAUCCAGAAGACACCAAAGACCAUGAAAGAAAAGAGAGACAUCAGGAAUAAAGUUCUCAUGGAGAAAACAAAAAAAUCUGUGAGCUCCAGUACUCGGAUUAACUGUUGUACACAGUGUCUGUACAAAACAGCAUUGUCCUAUCGGCGAUUUAAAAAUGGCCUGUCAGAAUAUUUGCACUUAUUGCAACUAUGGCAGAAGACUCUGAAAGUCAUCCGUGGCAAGUUUGGAACCAGUGUUCUUUCCUAUUUUGUUUUUCUGAAGUGGUUACUGACUUUCAACAUCUUCUCAUUCCUUGUAAACUUCAGCUUCAUAACAAUCCCACAGCUUAUAGCAUCAGGACCAAAUAACCUUUCGUUCAACGGUCUGGAGCUUCUGACCGGGGCUGGUUAUUUUAAAAAAACAGUGCUCUACUACGGUUUUUACACCAACUCUACAAUCACGAAAACUGAGAACAAGUCCUCCUAUAACAUGCAGCUGGCCUAUAUUUUCACUAUUGGGAUUUAUUUCAUCAUCUGCUUCUUUAGCUUGGUGUACAGCAUGGCAAAGUCCUUCUGUAAGAACUUCAUCAAUCUUCAGACUUACUCUGGAAGUGCUGCCAAGCUUCUCUGCAUCUGGGACUUCAAUAUAACCAAUGAGAAAGCUGUGAAACUGAAGCAAAGCAAUCUCAGUACACAAAUAAAGGAAUCCCUGUCUGAAGUGACCCUCAAGGUACUGAACCUUUCUCUAAAGCAGAGAAUUGCUCGUAUCGCUAUUCAUCUGGUGGUUUGGGUGGCUUCCUUGGGAAUAGCAGCUGCUUGUUGUGCUGGUGUUUACUUCCUCUCAAGAAAUGAACUACAGCUCCUGGAAGGUAACAAAAGUGAGCUGGAAAAGGAGGCUGCCACGCUAGUGCUGCCCAUUGUUGUGUCUCUCCUCAACCUCCUCAUCCCCUUCUGCUUCGCCUUGUUUGGACUCAUAGAGAAAUUCCAGUAUCCCAGACAUCAGCUCUACGCCACUAUUAUCAGGAAUGUUUGUCUGAAAAUAUCAAUAAUUGGAAUCCUCUGCUACUACUGGCUUAACGAUGUGGCUACAUCAGAGAAAGAGUGCUGGGAAAGCCUAGUUGGCCAAGAUAUCUACCGUCUCAUUGUGAUUGACUUCAUAUUUUGCUUGCUUGGUUCUUUCUUUGGAGAAUUUGUACGAAGAAUCAUUGGAACUAAAUGUUGCAAAAAACUUGGAGUGCCAGAAUUUGAUAUUGCACGAAAUGUUUUAGACUUGAUCUACACACAGACUUUGGCCUGGAUUGGCAUCUUCUUCGCACCUUUAAUGCCAGCCAUGCAGAUUAUAUCAUUUUUUAUAAUAUUUUAUGUAAAAAAGGUCAGUCUGAUGAGGAAUUGUCAACCACCUCGCAAAGUCUGGAGAGCUUCUCAGAUGACAACGCUUUUCAUUUUUCUGCUGUUUUUCCCUUCCUUUACUGGAGUCCUGUCUGUAAUGGCGAUCACUAUCUGGAGGCUGACGCCUUCUAAACAGUGUGGUCCGUUCCAAGGCUUGACCUCCAUAAUUCAUGCCGUUUCUGGGUGGAUACACAUAUUGGACAGCUAUUCCAGCUCGAAAUGGGUGGUGUGGAUUUAUCGUAACUUAAUUGGAAGCGUGCAUUUCUUCUUCAUCCUCACCGUCAUCGUCCUAAUUAUCACAUAUCUUUACUGGCAAAUAAUAGAAGGAAGAAAGAUAAUGGUCAGACUCCUGCAUGAGCAAAUUAUUAAUGAAGGAAAGGAUAAAAUGUUUUUACUUAAUAAACUACGUGCACUGCAGACAUCAAAACUAGACCCACUCAAAGGAGAACAGCAAGAGAGGAGUUCAUCUUCGUACCAGCCAUCUAGACAAGCUGCUCUGCAAAUGACAGCCUCCCUAGAAAGGCCAUUUGGGAGAAAUGGAAGAGACUUCUAUGCUGAGUCCUCCUCUGCUGGGAUACCAGAAAAGACUGGCCUGUCUCCUGCAGACGAAGAGGGACACCAACCAGGGAUUUCUGAGACCCUGGCACUAGCUCUGAGAGCCAGACAACAGGCUGAAUGGGAAAUGGAGGACGACGAUGACGAGGACUUUAGACCAUGAACUGUACGAAGCAAUUAUGCAUACUAAUUGCUAGAAGUACUUAUAGUAAACUUCACUGUUUUGCACUAAUGGUUGGAAACCCAUUGGAAAUGACUGAUUUUUUUCAAAUAAGAAGCUAAGGAAAAAAAUUAAAGCAAGAACACAUCAGAAAAUGCACUUUGUAAAUUGCAGUUUAAAUUUUAUAAUUUCAUAGUAAAUGCACUGUACUAUUUUGUUUAAAAAAAAAAAAAAGAAAUCUUGAUAAUAGCAGACCUCUCUAGCAUCUGCUAUGAAAUCUCUUGCUGAAAUAUAGCAAAUGACCACCAUUCAUCGGGUUAGGAAGGAAUUUUUUAUUGUAUCGAUGUAACGUGUGCCUAAUGCCAAAUGCAAAUUACAAUUCUGGAACCCUUGAUGGUAUUCUUAUAUCUGACUUGUUUUGAUCUGGCUGUUCUUAGCUGUAUUUUUUAAAAACAGAAAUGAAGUAUUAAUAAAAUAAAAAGGAGUCUAGCCUAUUUAAAACUAUUUGUUAAAGUAAAUUGUGACACAGAUUGGUGAAUAUAAAACUGUUUGUGUGAA